CUCUGCAGUUGAACUUUUCGCAUUGUCCUAUAUUUCCAAGCGAUCAGCGAAGUGGGGUAAUUGGGAGGGAGAGUUGUGUACGGUUUACGCAAUAUAGAUACCCCUAUCCUCCGCUAAGCUCAGAGUUUGAAGUCCCAGCCCCGGGCAUUCAGUUCAUCGUUCACGACAUCGCAAACUGAUCAGGAGCCUCGACCGACACUCCAUAAUACCCAUAAUUUUCUCGACGUCUGGAUCUGAGCAGUGAACCGCUUAGUCGAGGUCCGGUGCUCUUCGAAUUCUCUUGCGACCAUAGAUAGAGGGAUUGUACGAGACGGGAUUUCGAGAUGUCGCUCUCUGCCGGGGGGCUGACUGGCUCAGCAAAGUUGGCGGAUGUUACCAGGCUCAUGAACAAACUUUCUUCGGAUCUGCAACAGGCCAGCCUUUCAUCCGAUGAACGAGAUGCGUAUCUUGAGCAGUUGAAAGUGUACGGUCGGGACCCCAACAAUGCAGAUCCAAUUUUCACGAAAGAGGGUAUAGAAACGCUGGCUCGGCAUGCCUUCGAUAGUACCUCUUUGACGACCUCCAAAAAUGCGCUACGAUGCCUUGCGAACGCGAUGUUCCUGAAACCCGAUACUAGACAAAUAUUCAUUGAUUUGGGAUAUGAGGCGAAGGCAUGCGACAAGUUGAAGAACGACAAUCGAGAUGACGAGUUCCUGGCAUCGAGAAUCCUCCUCCUCUCGACUUACGCUCCGAAUAUCAAUUUGGAGAGGCUGGUGGAUCAGUACCAUGUGGCCGAGAGAAUAUGCACCAAUCUCAGCAGACACGCAAGGCAAUAUACCACAGAACAGAAGGGGAUUAAGGAGGUUGAUCCGAUGGGGGAUAUGGCACUCAGCGAAUCGCUCAAACUCGUAUACAACCUCACACAACUCUGCCCACAACGACGUGCAGCCUUCUCACCAGCCUUACCCCACAUCCUAAUGCUUCUCGACAAACGAGAUAUCCCAUAUACCAAACCCCUAGAUCCUCCGAUUUCGCUCUUAAUCAACUCACUCUUAAACCUCCCUCUUGAACACGAAGAUAAUGUUAAUAUUCUAUUUCCAAAAGCAACCCCAAAUCUCAACACCGACCGUCUUAUAGAGAUAUUGGAUAAGUCAACAAAAGUAUACGCCGACGUUGACCUCGAAACUUUGGUCUCACCCCUUGUGGCCCUCAUCCAUAAAGUUUAUGUAGUAGCCACCCAGGCCGCUCACGAUGCUAAACAGAACAUGGAAAAGGCGCUCCUCCCUAAUACUGAAGAUCGCAAACAGCCCCUCGGGCGCGGCGAGUCCCUCUCGGCUCGUCUCCUACGCCUAUCUGCAGACCACACGGCACCGCAAGCCUCAAAUGCAGUAUCCACUCUCCUUUUCGAAUUGUCCGGAAACGACGUUAGGACCUUUGUACACAAUAUAGGAUAUGGGUAUGCUUCCGGCUUCCUCGUUCGGCACAAGAUCCCAAUGCCAGAAGACGUAACGGAGGCCCGGAGUGGCAGUGGCGACGAGUCGGCCAAUAUCAAUCCCAUCACCGGCCAAACCCUGGAAUCAGAACCGACAGUUGAGAUGCCGGCGAUGACGGACGAAGAGAAGGAGCGAGAAGCGGAGAGAUUGUUUGUUCUCUUUGAGAGGUUGAGGGCGACGGGUGUGAUGGAUGUGACGAACCCCGUGCAAGCAGCAGUCCAAUCAGGCAGGUUCGAGGAGUUGGACGACGACGCGGAAUCCGAUUGAUGUAAUGUAAUGCGGGAUACGUUGGAUACGCAUGAGCAAGCUCAUCCCCAGUUCCCAGUGCAUAGAACAUAGAUGGGACACUAGAAUUUUGGGUAUCGCGCAGUAAGGAGAGACAAGGCAAGGCAAGAUACCCAUUUCCGAGCGAAGCGCGCAUACAUGAUCUGGUGCUCCCUCCUCGAGAACCUCACCUUCGUCAGUGUAUUAUAUAAUUCUAAUCUAAUUCCCUAUACAAUGUCAACACGCAUCUCCUGGACUUCAGCCUAACAGAUGCAAAGGAUGGUUAUUUUUGCAUUUCUUUCCCCUGAGCCCCUUUUACUGUGGCGGCGCUCGCCAUGCUAUAUACUGAGCCGCUUGCUCUUGGUGGUUCUU